ACCGUCACCUGUGAAACACAGCACGUCGAACGAACACGAACGAGCCUACCCAGUGCUCGCGCCUUGGGGCACAGCCAUCGUGUAACUCCAACAACUGGCCCCUUCGUUGCCCAGGAUAAAGCGCUGAGAACACUGUGGCGCCAGCUGGACCGAGCCCUUUCUACAUUCCUAUAUUGAGCGCAUCCCCUGUGCCUGCCUGGACGGAAUUCGCUCCUCUCAGCCCCAGGCCCCGUAUACAUUCGUCCUCAGCACCCUUCAACUGCGUCCACUCUGCCAUCCUCCCCUCACCAUCCGCACCGCUACCAAGGCCUCCACCUCGGAACAGUCAAGUUACCGGCGGCUCGACUUGAGCUCUCGUCGACCCGCUGAGACCCUUGCGGCUGUCAGUCAAUUGGAGCCGCGCAGAACACGAUCCGCGCCGGGUUUGCUGGCCACGCUCCGGUCGCCCUAUUGGCUGGCCCCUGAGAUGGCGCCACACGGACAUCUGGGGAACGCGGAAAACUCGAUGACGCGCGACUUCGAAGACUUCAACACUCCGCUCAAGGACGCGCCCAUUAUCUCGCUGCGAGCCCUGGAGAAUGGCAACGACCUCUUCCACGCAAAAGACAGCGCCAUCUCGAUUUGGAGGCGGCUCCUCAUGACGUUGCGUGGCCGCCGCGGAAAUGCCAGACGGCGGGCACCUGAACUUGACAGCCCCGCUUCCCCAACCGUCCAUGUCAAGGUUGUGAGACGUUCGAGCAGGGCGAAGUGGAGGAGGAGGUCGUGUUGGGGUUGUAUUGCCAUCCCGGUGUUAGCCCUGCUGUUUUUCGGCAUGGUGCACGUAGCAAAUGUCAUCAUGUCUCUCGUGCCCAUGAUAUGGGACAACGCCGUCGACACCGACCUCUUUCUCCCCAACUGGGGCAAGCCGAACUCCCCCGGCGAAGGCCUCUCCUCCUACCCAACCGACUUCACACGUGACGUCCGGCCCAUCCCCUGCCACAGCCAUAAUGACUACUGGCGCCGCGUCCCCCUCUAUCUCGCCCUGCACUACGGCUGCACUGGAGUUGAAGCCGACGUGUGGCUCUUCGAUGACGAUCUCUUUGUCGGCCACAACACCGCCUCCUUAUCCCUUAACCGCACCUUCCGAAAUCUCUACGUCAACCCCCUUGUUGAGAUCCUCGACCGCGCCAAUCCCUCCACCGCCUUCACAUCUGCCGACCCAAGUCUUACAGAUACGCUCAACGGCGUCUUCGACGAAGAUCCCACCCAAAACCUCGUCCUCCUCGUCGACUUCAAGAACGCCGGCGACGCCCUCUGGCCCGUCGUCUCCGCCCAACUCUCUGCCCUCCGCGAAAAGAACUACCUCUCCUGGACCGACGGCUCAACGGUCUACCCGGGCCCCAUCACUGUCGUCGCAACCGGCAACGCCCCCUUCGACCUCCUGACUUCCAACACUACCUACCGCGACAUCUUCUUCGACGCGCCGCUCGCCGCCAUGUACGAGGAACCCUUCUCCAGCGACCGCCCCUACCACGCACACCCUCCGCACGACCACGACCACAACUACGACCACAGCGAAGCCACGCCUCCCCUGCCUCAACUCGCCACCCCGCGCCGCGACAGCGGCCAAGGCGAGACCGGCCUCGUCCCUGGCUCUUCCUUCGACACGACGAACUCGUACUACGCAUCGACGAACUUCCGCUCCGCGAUCGGCUUCGUGUGGGGCAACCGGCUGUCGCAUCGCCAGAUCGAGCUGAUCCGGGGCAUGGUGGCGGGCGCGAAGAGCAGGGGCUUGGUGGCGCGGUUCUGGAACACGCCGGCGUGGCCGAUCGGGGUGCGGAACCACGUGUGGCGGGUGCUGGUGCGCGAGGGCGCGGGGAUGCUGAGUGUGGAUGAUGUGGAGGCGGCGGGGCGGGGGAAUUGGGGGCGGCGGAAGCAUUGGGGGUGGUUGUGA